CCCUCCCCCUCCCCCAAGUGCCGUUUCGGUUUAAUCUAGUGUGUGACUGAGUCUGUGUGAGGGAGCGAAAUGUGUAUGUGAGGUAUUGGGGUGAGGCGGAGGCUAGAAAAGGGGUUCCCUCAGGCACGAGGGACAAAGGGGGGAGGUGAAGCAACCUGGGCCGCGGAGGCCCGCCGACAGGAAGCCGCCCCGAGCCGGGCUACCGGGUAGGGGAAGGGCCCGCGCAGUCCUCCCCGGGCUCCAGAGCUGGAGUCGGCCCCACAGGCUCGGGCGGUCGGCUUCCUACUUCCUUGACCGCCCGGGCUCGCGGGCCUGAAGAUUGGCUCGGCGAGGGUGGGCGGCCGUGAGGGGCAGACUCGAGCAGCUCCCGGUGUUUCGCUUCUCCAGUGCUGAGGAACUCUUCAUUUCUUCCCUCUCUCCUUCACCCCCCACCUCAUGUAGGAGGGUGCUGAGGAGGCGAGAGGGAGGAGGAGCCUGGCCUACGGUCCCUUCCCUCCCCACCCCCUUUUAGGGGCUCUUCGGUGGGCGUGGAGUUGGGGCUGGGGGGAGGGUGGGGCUUUUUGGAGUGCUGGGGAACUUUUUCCCCUUCUUCAGGACCGGGGAAAGGGAAUGCCCAAUUCAGAGAGACAUGGGGGCAAGAAGGACGGGAGUGGAGGAGCUUCUGGAACUUCGCAGCCGUCAUCGGGAGGCGGCAGCUCCAACAGCAGGGAGCGUCACCGCUUGGUGUCGAAGCACAAGCGGCAUAAGUCCAAGCACUCCAAAGACAUGGGGUUGGUAACCCCCGAAGCGGCAUCUUUGGGUACAAUAAUCAAACCAUUGGUGGAGUAUGAUGACAUCAGCUCUGAUUCAGACACCUUCUCAGAUGACAUGGCCUUCAAAUCAGACAGGAGGGAGAACGAUGAACGUCGUGGAACGGAUCGGAGUGACCGCCUGCACAGACAUCGUCACCACCAGCACCGGCGGUCCCGAGACUUGCUAAAAACUAAACAGACCGAAAAGGAAAAAAACCAGGAAGUCUCCAAAUCUGGAUCGAUGAAGGACCGGUUAUCAGGUAGUUCGAAACGUUCAGUGGAGGGGAACGAUGAUUAUGGGAAGGCACAAUUAUCCAAAAGCAGCAGCAAGGAAUCCAGGUCGUCCAAAAUGCACAAAGAGAAGACCCGGAAAGAACGAGAGUUAAAGUCUGGACACAAGGACCGUAGUAAAAGUCAUCGGAAAAGGGAAACACCCAAAAGUUACAAAACGGUGGAUAGCCCCAAACGGAGAUCUAGGAGUCCCCAUAGGAAAUGGUCUGACAGUUCCAAGCAAGAUGACAGCCCUUCUGGAGCUUCUUAUGGCCAAGAUUACGAUCUUAGCCCCCCAAGGUCUCAUACUUCUAGCAAUUAUGACUCCUACAAGAAGAGUCCUGGAAGUACCUCAAGAAGGCAGUCAAUCAGCCCACCUUAUAAAGAGCCUUCUGCUUACCAGUCCAGCACUCGGUCACCCAGUCCCUACAGCCGACGACAGAGGUCAGUGAGCCCCUAUAGCAGGAGACGGUCAUCCAGCUAUGAAAGGAGCGGUUCUUACAGCGGGAGAUCACCCAGCCCCUAUGGCCGAAGGCGAUCUAGCAGCCCUUUCUUGAGCAAGAGGUCUCUGAGUCGGAGUCCAAUCUCCAGUAGGAAAUCCAUGAAGUCCAGAAGUAGAAGUCCUGCAUAUUCAAGACACUCAUCUUCACAUAGUAAAAAGAAGCGAUCCGGGUCACGCAGUCGUCAUUCCAGCAUCUCACCUGUCAGGCUUCCAUUGAAUUCCAGCCUGGGAGCUGAACUCAGUAGAAAAAAGAAGGAAAGAGCAGCUGCUGCAGCAGCAGCAAAAAUGGAUGGAAAAGAAUCUAAGGGUUCACCUAUAAUUUUGCCUAAAAAAGAGAAAUUUGAGGUGAAGGAGUCAGGGUUAGAGUCUAAAAAGUUACCCAGAGGUAUAAAGUCAGAAAAAUCUACCCCAGAUACUGAACUGGUAAAUGUAGCACAUUCAAACACAGAGGUAAAAAAUUGUUUAGAUACAGGGAAAGUAAAGUUGGAUGAGAACUUGCAGAAGCAUCCUGUUAAGGAUUUGAAAGCACAGGGAACAAAGGACGCCAAACCUGUAGCACUGAAGGAGGUGAUUGUUACUUCAAAGGAGACAGAGACAUCAGAAAAGGAGGCCCUUCCACCUCUCCCCACAAUAACUUCUCCACCCCCUUUACCAUCUACUACCCCUCCACCUCAGACACCCCCUUUGCCACCUUUGCCUCCACUACCAGCUGUUCCACUGCAGCCACCUUUGCCUCCUCCCCAACCACCAUUUAGUCAAGUUCCUGUUUCAAAUACUUCAACUUUACCCUCUUCUCCUCACCCAAGGACAUCUACUUUAUCCUCUCAGACAAAUUCUCAGCCCCUUGUACAGGUUUCUAUGAAGACUCAAGUAUCUGUAACAGCUGCUAUUCCACACCUGAAAACUUCAACAUUGCCUCCUCUGCCCCUCCCUCCCCUAUUACCUGGAGAUGAUGACAUGGAUAGUCCAAAAGAAAUGCUUCCUUCAAAGCCUGCAAAGAAAGAGAAAGAGCAGAGGACUCGCCACUUACUCACAGACUUGCCUCUUCCUCCUGAGCUACCAGGUGGAGAUCCAUCUCCCCCAGAUUCUCCAGAGCCAAAGGCAAUUACACCACCUCAACAACCAUAUAAAAAGAGACCAAAAAUUUGUUGUCCACGUUAUGGAGAAAGAAGACAAACAGAAAGUGAUUGGGGGAAGCGCUGCGUGGACAAGUUUGACAUUAUUGGGAUUAUUGGAGAAGGAACCUAUGGCCAAGUAUAUAAAGCCAAGGACAAAGACACAGGAGAACUUGUAGCUCUGAAGAAGGUUCGGCUAGACAAUGAGAAAGAGGGCUUCCCAAUCACAGCCAUCCGGGAGAUUAAGAUUCUUCGUCAGUUAGUUCAUCAAAGUGUUGUAAACAUGAAGGAGAUUGUCACAGACAAACAAGAUGCACUGGAUUUCAAGAAGGACAAAGGUGCCUUUUACCUUGUAUUUGAAUAUAUGGACCAUGACUUAAUGGGACUGCUAGAAUCAGGUUUGGUGCACUUUUCUGAGGACCAUAUCAAGUCAUUCAUGAAACAGCUAAUGGAAGGACUGGAUUACUGUCACAAAAAGAAUUUCCUCCAUCGGGAUAUUAAAUGUUCUAACAUUUUGCUGAAUAACAGUGGGCAAAUCAAACUGGCAGAUUUUGGCCUUGCUCGGCUCUAUAACUCUGAAGAGAGUCGCCCUUACACAAACAAAGUCAUUACUCUAUGGUAUCGACCUCCAGAGCUGCUUCUUGGAGAGGAAAGAUAUACACCAGCCAUUGAUGUUUGGAGCUGUGGGUGCAUCCUUGGGGAACUGUUCACAAAGAAACCUAUUUUUCAAGCCAAUUUGGAACUGGCUCAGCUAGAACUGAUCAGUCGUCUCUGUGGUAGUCCUUGUCCAGCAGUGUGGCCUGAUGUUAUCAAGCUGCCCUACUUCAACACCAUGAAACCGAAAAAGCAAUACAGGAGACGCCUAAGAGAAGAAUUCUCUUUCAUUCCUUCAGCGGCACUUGAUCUGUUGGACCACAUGCUGACACUGGAUCCUAGCAAGCGGUGCACAGCGGAACAAACCCUACAGAGUGACUUUCUUAAAGAUGUGGAACUCAGCAAAAUGGCACCUCCAGACCUACCUCACUGGCAGGAUUGCCAUGAAUUGUGGAGUAAGAAACGUCGACGGCAACGACAAAGUGGUAUUGUGAUAGAAGAGCAACCUCCAUCCAAAGCUUCUCGAAAAGAAACUACCUCAGGGACAGCAGCUGAGCCUGUGAAGAACAGUAGCCCAGCACCACCUCAACCUGCUCCUGUCAAGGCAGAGCCUGGUCCAGGGGAUGCAGUAGGCCUUGGUGACAUCACACAGCAGUUGAAUCAAAGUGAAUUGGCAGUGUUAUUAAACCUGCUUCAGAGCCAAACUGACCUGAGCAUCCCUCAGAUGGCACAAUUGCUUAACAUCCACUCCAAUCCAGAGAUGCAACAGCAGCUUGAGGCCCUGAAUCAGUCUAUUAGUGCACUGACUGAAGCCAGUUCCCAGCAGCAAGACUCAGAAUCCAUAGCCCCAGAGGAAUCAUUGAAGGAGGUACCUUCUGUAUCUGUGGUCCUGCCUCCUGCUGAACAGACAACUCCAGAAGCUUCAAACACACCAGCUGACAUGCAGAAUAUGUUGGCAGUUCUCUUGAGUCAGCUGAUGAAAACCCAAGAGCCAGCAGGUAACCUGGAGGAAAACACCAGUGACAAGAAUAGUGGGCCACAGGGGCCCCGAAGAACCCCUACAAUGCCACAGGAGGAGGCAGCAGCAUGUCCUCCUCACAUUCUUCCACCAGAGAAGAGGCCCCCUGAACCCCCUGGACCUCCACCGCCGCCACCUCCACCCCCUCUGGUUGAAGGCGAUCUUUCCAGCGCCCCCCAGGAGUUGAAUCCCGCCGUGACAGCCGCCUUGCUGCAACUUUUAUCCCAGCCUGAAGCAGAGCCUCCUGGCCACCUGCCACAUGAGCACCAGGCCUUGAGACCAAUGGAGUACUCCACUCGAUCCCAUCCAAACAGGACUUACGGAAAUACUGAUGGGCCUGAAACAGGGUUCAGUGCCACUGACACUGAUGAACGCAGUUCUGGUCCAGCCUUGACAGAAUCUUUGGUUCAGACCCUGGUGAAGAACAGGACCUUCUCAGGCUCUGUGAGCCACCUUGGGGAGUCCAACAGUUACCAGGGCACAGGGUCAGUGCAGUUCCCAGGGGACCAGGACCUCCGUUUUACUAGGGUUCCCUUAGCAUUACACUCAGUGGUUGGGCAACCAUUCCUGAAGUCUGAGGGAAAUAGCAACUCUGUGGUACAUGCAGAGACCAAAUUGCAAAACUAUGGGGAGCUGGGACCAGGAACCACUGGGGCCAACAGCUCAGGAACAACCCUUCAGUGGGGGGGCCCAGCUCAGUCUUUUGGAAAACCCUACCGAGGGGCUGCAAGAGUCCCACCACGAGGGGGAAGAGGGAGAGGGGUUCCUUAUUAACACAGAAACAUCAAAUGCCCUGAAAGAUUCCUUCCCUAUCCAUCUUUCCAUCUAGUUCUCUGAUCCUUUAAUGAAAUCACUUGCCAGAGCAAGGUAAUCAUCUGCAUUUGGCUACUGCAAUGCUGUCUGUUGUUUUCCUUGCUCACUUGCUGCUAGCAGGCGAGUCAAUGAUGUUGGCACCAGUUCUUCCAAAAAUGGGCAAUAGCCAGAAUAUUCACUUCUCUGUGUAGGAGCUGUAGUAGAAAAUAUGGAGAAAAAGACACAUUCAACUGAAAAGUAAUUGUUGCACUAGCUCAUUGCCUGCACUUGAGCAGGAGAAAACUAUCCUGUUUUGAGAUGGCUCUGGAGAGGCUUUGAUUUUUAAAAGUUUGUUGGUUUUUUUUUCCUGUGUGUGUAUGUGUGUGUGUGUGUGUAUAUAGUUUCUUUUGAAUUUUUAUUUAGUUUCCCACCCCAACCCUCCCCACAUCCCCCUUUAAAGAGAAUAGUGUUCACAAAGUCUGAGCUCCUCUUAGACCUUCGCUAGAAGGGUAACAGUGGACUGGCUGGCUUAAAUGUUUCCUUCCUCUCUACCAUCUCAUAUUUGUGAGCACUCCCUUUACCCCUGUUGAGCAUCUUGUACAUACCUUUUUCCAAAUAAAUCAUCCUUAGGUUUGCUCAGUUUGACAGAGUUCUGUCCCUCUUCCUGCAGACACAGCAGGCUGUAGACAACGGCAUUCUUGGGCAAGUAGGAAGCCUACCCAGUCUUUGAUUUUUGCUUGUUUACUUUUUUCUCCUUCCCCUCUCUCCUUGUCACCCCCUCUUUUCUUUUUCCUCCUUCCUCCCUUGUGUGUUCACUCCUAUUAUUCUCUUUCUCUGUAUCUUUUUGAGGCAUUUGUUUGGAAAAAAAAAUGCAUAGUAGAGAUGCCCAAGAACCUGGAAUAAUACCUUCCCUCUUUCUUUUUUUCCUUUUUUUUUUUAAUAAAGGAAAGGAAAUGCAAACUCCUACAUUGUUCUCCGUAACUCUUCAAUUCUAAAAUUUUUGUUUUUUGUUUUGUUUUUGUUUUUUUAAGCCACGUUCUGGUGGGGAAGUUGAUUUAUAAAUGGGCAGCAUAGGACAUUGGUGCUGAACUGUGGUUAGAGAUGAUACCUCCAUACCUAUAGGGGUAAUAAGAUCAGUAAGCAUGUUGUUUACAUGAAUAUUUUUGUGUUCUAAAAACAAACAAAAAAAAAAAAAAAAAAAAACUUU